GAGGCUGGAAGAAGGGGAUCCUACAGGACCUGCUGGGAGACUGCACAAUCUACCUCUGUUUGUGCAAGAAGAACAGGGACAAAUAACUUUAUUUCCCCCUGUUGUUCUCUGAUUCAGAUACACGUUUAGUUGUGGUGGUGGCAGGACAACUUGGAGCAUAUAUAUUUUUUGUUUUUUUCUAUUCCAAAACAAAAAAAAAGAGAAGAAGAAGAAGAAGAAGAAGAAGAAGAAGAAGAAGAAGAAGAAGAGCGGAGCUGAACGAGCUGCCUGUCAGACAGAGAGUGGAGGUCUCACUGAAAUCUCUGCACUGACUGAAGAGGACUUGUUUGUUUGGAGCUAAGCAGCAAGAAAAAAUCUUUAUUUCACAAGCGAAAUAACCAACUGCGAUGUGUUGUGCUCGCUGGAGGACUUGAGGGAUUUAAAAAAAUAUUUUUUUAAUUUUUUUAUUUUUUUUACGAAAGACACGCUAACGUUACGCCACGCAUGCCACAACCAUCGAGUCAGCAGCUCCUAAAUUCCUCUAAAUUAAGUUAACGGUCGCUAAUACUAAGCUUUUCCCGCAUGCAACAUAUCUCUUGUUUAAAUAAUAUGCACUGCUGCUGCGAGGUAACAGGAAGGCUUUCUUAAAAGUUAAAAUUAAUUGAGAUAGUUGCGGAAAAGCAGCGCAAACUUCACUUGUGGCCUGGACUGGAGUGGUGGAGCCAGGCUAUGCAGAUAGCUAGCUAGCUUAACGUUAGCAUCUUAUCGCAACAACAAGUCUGUUUUUUCUAUUUUUCUCCGGACACGGAUAAACUCAACUGGGCCAGUUUAACUAACAAAUCCAUGCUAAGACACACAAAGCACUCUGGUCUCGUUGUGGUGUGUGUGUGAGUGUGUGUUUCCAUGAGGUGGCUAACUUUAGCAGCAGCGUUAGCUUGUGUUUGACUGAACACGUUGGACUCGUUCCUCCGCCCAUCUUCCGGGAUGUCUUUUAUUUAUUUUUGUUUACCUGUUGGCCCACGCCGCAAAACAAAACCAAUUUCCUGAAGGUAUUUCUCCUCCAGUCUGAACUGUGUGCUCGCCAAGGAUUAUUCUGUAUUUGACCCGGGAUUGGUGCUGGAUGGUGUUUUAUCCCGAGUCAGUUAUGUGGCUCCGGACUUUGUGUGUGUGUUUUGUUUUCACCGCUGUCUGCUUUGUGAUGAGCUGUCACCGGGCGAGUGGAGAGGUGUGUCCAAGCAAGGACAUCCGCAACAAUGUGACCAACCUACGUACGCUAGAGAACUGCACUGUGAUCGAAGGCCACCUGAAGAUCUUGCUCAUGUUCAGGACCAAGCCCGAGGAUUUCCGAGGCCUCAGUUUCCCCAAACUGACAGUGGUCACCGACUACCUGUUGCUCUUCAGAGUUUACGGCAUGGAGACCCUCAGCGAUCUCUUCCCCAACCUAACUGUCAUCAGAGGCAACAACCUGUUCUUCAACUACGCCCUAGUGAUGUUCGAGAUGCUCCAGCUGCGAGAGAUCGGCCUCCAUAGCUUGAUGAACAUCACCCGAGGAGCAGUGAGAAUCGAGAAGAACCCGGAUCUCUGCUAUCUCUCCACUCUGGACUGGUCCAAGAUCCUGGACUCGGUGGAAGACAACUACAUCAUGGCUAACAAGAACGACCGAGAGUGUGGAGACGUGUGUCCGGGGGCGGCCAUUGGGAAGACCACCUGCCAGACCACCACCAUCAACGGACACUUCAGUGAACGCUGCUGGACUCAGAACCACUGUCAAAGAAUGUGCCCUGCUCAGUGUAAACAUCGAGCCUGCACCAAGGACGACCAGUGCUGCCACGACCAGUGUCUGGGCGGCUGCCUGAAACCCCACUCGGCCAAUCACUGCGUGGCCUGCCGCGGCCUCCAGCACAAGAACAACUGUGUGGAGCGCUGCCCUGAAAACCACUUCACCUACAAGGGCUGGCGCUGCGUCUCCUUUGCUUUCUGCCAGGAUCUCCACAACAGAUGCAAGCAGGAGAAGGAGCACAGCAAGAGCCCCGACUGCCACGAGUACGUCAUCCACAACGGAGCCUGCAUCCACGAGUGUCCCUCCGGCUACACCACCGUCAACUCCUCCUUGCUCAACUGCACUCCCUGUGCAGGGCUUUGUCCCAAAGUAUGUAUGGGUCUGAAAAUUGUGGACUCUGUCACGGCUGCCCAGGCUUUGAGAGGCUGCACUGUUCUCAACGGGAGCCUGAUCAUCAACCUGCGCGGAGGAAAUUGGGAGGAGAAAAUGGAGCCAGAAGUGAAAACAGAGAACAGUUUGUUGGCAGAGAACAGCUGGAGCUUUUGUCAUAAGCAUGCUGUAGAAUCAGAAGUCACUUCAGGGCUUGUGUCUUUUGGUUUUCUGCAGACAACAUUAGCAGCUGAACUGGAGGCCAGCCUGGGCCAGCUGGAGGAGAUCACUGGCUACCUGACAGUGCGACGUUCCUACGCCCUCGUAUCCCUCUCUUUUUUCCGCAAACUCCGUGUUAUUCGUGGGGAGGAACAGGAAAUCGGAAAUUACUCGUUCUAUGCCCUGGACAACCAGAACCUGCGGCAGCUCUGGGAUUGGUCCAAACACAAGCUGACCAUCCUGCAGGGACGCAUGUUUUUCCACUACAACUCCAAACUCUGCAUGUCUGAAAUCCGCAAGAUGGAGAAGGUGUCAGGGACCAUAGAGCGGCAGGUCCAGAACGACAUCGCCACCAAGAACAACGGGGACCAGGCCUCGUGUGAGAACCACGUGUUGAAGUUCACCCAGGUUCGAACCAUGAGCGAUAAAAUAAUGGUCAAGUGGGAAUCCUUCUGGCCGUCGGACUUCAGAGACCUGCUGGGCUUCAUGGUGCUCUACAAAGAAGCACCUUUUCAGAACGUAACUGAGUUUGACGGGCAGGACGCCUGCGGCUCCAACAGCUGGGUGAUUGCUGACGUGGACCCUCCACGUCGAGCCACAGAGGGGGACAAAGACCAGUUUGAACCGGGUCAUCUCAUCCUGCCACUGAAGCCCUGGACGCAGUACGCCAUAAUGGUGAAAACCCAGCUCUCAGCCUCCGACGAGCACCAGGUCAACGGAGCCAAGAGCGAGAUCAUCUAUGUUCGCACCAACGCCACCAAACCCUCAGUCCCGCUGGACCCCAUUUCCUCGUCCAACUCCUCCUCCCAGAUCAUCCUCAAGUGGAAACCUCCCAAUGACCCCAACGGUAACAUCACUCACUACCUGGUCUUCUGCCAGCGCCAGGCUGAAGCCAGCGAGCUCUACAAGUUUGACUACUGCCAGAAGGGGAUGAAGUUGCCGUCACGAGUGCCCACUCAGGUCGACAGUGACGAGGAGCAGAAGUGGAACCAGACAGAGGAGCAGGGCCCGGGGACGCGAUGCUGCUCCUGCCCCAAGACAGACAAGGAGCUGAAGAAGGAGAAAGAGGACUCAGAGUACCGCAAAACCUUUGAGAAUUACCUCCACAAUGAAGUCUUUGAGAUCAAACGCACGAGACAGCGGCGCUCUGUGAUGGGCAUCGCCAACCAAACGCACCUCUUCCUCACCACCGCCCCCAGCCCGCCCCAGGGCACAGGCGUCCCCGAGGACGAGGAAACCUUUGAAAGCACAAAGAUCGUGGUCACUGUCCACGCCAAGGAGUCCACUGUCAUCUCCAACCUGCGCCACUUCACCAGUUACCAGAUUGAAGUACACGCCUGCAACCACCCGACCGACCCGGUCCGCUGCAGCAUGGCAGCGUACGUCAGCGCCCGCACAAUGCCUGAAGACAAAGCUGAUAACGUCUGGGGCACCAUCAACUACGAGGUGACAGAAAAUGCAGUUCACAUCACAUGGCAGGAACCAGUGUCCCCUAAUGGUAUGAUCAUCCUGUAUGAAGUCAACUACAAGAGACUGGGAGACACUGAGGAGCUGCACUACUGCGUGUCGAGGAAGAUGUACAAAGUGACCCGUGGCUGCAAGCUGAAAGUGAUGCAUCCUGGGAACUACACGGUGAGGAUCCGGGCCACUUCGCUGGCCGGGAACGGAUCCUGGACCGAGCCCACGUUCUUCUACGUCCAGGACUCAAGCGAUCCUUUUUACGCCGUGAAGAUCGUCAUCGGACCGGUCAUCUGCUUUGUCCUGCUGCUGUUUGUGGCCGGGGCUGGAUUCUUCAUGUUCAAGAAGAACCAAACUCAAGGGCCUAGUGGUCCCAUCUACGCCUCUUCAAACCCAGAGUAUCUCAGUGCUAAUGACGUGUACGAGGAGGACGAGUGGGAGGUGGCCAGAGACCAGAUCAACAUUUUGAGGGAACUGGGUCAGGGCUCCUUCGGCAUGGUCUACGAGGGCAUCGCCAAAGAGCUCAUCAAGGGCGAGGGGGAUUCACACGUAGCGGUGAAGACCGUGAACGAGUCGGCCAGCCUGAGAGAGAGAAUUGAGUUCCUGAACGAGGCCUCGGUCAUGAAGGCCUUCAUCUGCCACCAUGUGGUGCGUCUGCUGGGUGUUGUAUCUAAAGGCCAGCCCACCCUGGUGGUGAUGGAGCUGAUGACCCACGGAGACCUGAAGAGCUUCCUGCGCUCUCUGCGACCUGACGCUGAGAACAACCCCGGGCGCCCACCUCCCACUCUGAAGGAGAUGAUUCAAAUGGCCGCCGAGAUCGCAGACGGCAUGGCGUACCUUAACGCCAAGAAGUUUGUCCACAGAGACCUGGCAGCCAGAAACUGCAUGGUAGCUCACGAUCUUACCGUCAAAAUAGGAGACUUUGGCAUGACGAGAGACAUCUACGAGACCGACUACUACAGGAAGGGAGGGAAGGGCCUGCUGCCCGUCAGGUGGAUGGCUCCGGAGUCUCUGAAGGACGGAGUCUUCACUGCACAUUCAGACUGCUGGUCAUUUGGGGUCGUGCUGUGGGAGAUCAGCACGCUGGCCGAGCAGCCGUACCAGGGCCUGUCCAACGAGCAGGUCCUCAAGUUUGUCAUGGACGGAGGCUACCUGGACCGGCCGGACAACUGCGCCGACAGACUGCACAACCUGAUGCAGAUGAGUUGGCAGUACAACCCCAAGAUGCGUCCCGCCUUCCAGGAGAUCAUCGAGAUGCUGCGCGAGGACCUGCAUCCUUCCUUCCAGGAGCGCUCGUUCUUCUACAGUGAGGAAAACAAGCCGCCUGAGACCGAAGACUUUGACCUGGACAUGGAAAACAUGGAGAGCAUCCCGCUGGACCCGUCAUCCUACUCCCAGAGGGAGCAGUGUUUGGACAGGGACGAGGCCUCCUCCAUGGGCCUGAGGGGCAGUUACGAGGAGCACCACAUCCCGUUCACACACAUGAAUGGGGGAAAGACCAACGGACGAAUACUGGCCCUACCGCGGUCCAGCCCCUCCUAACAUACUGUACACAUCCCGCGCAAACACGUCAUUGCUAUAGAUUUAAAUAUAUUUUUGUUUUUCGUUGUCAUUUUAUAUAGAUCACACUUUUAUCACACUCUCUACAGGAGCACCUCAGUGCAUAUCUCAGGACCUUAUUUUUCUCCUCCGAUGCCACAAACAUACACUACAGCAAGUCCACACACGGAUUGCCAGAAGACACUUUUUGUAUUUAAGGACAAACCCUCCCGUGUCUCUCUUGUUCAUGAUUGUAGUUUAUAUACUGUAUAUAUAUAUAUAUAUAUAUUGCCAAGUUUGUGCUAGACUGGGAGAAUUAAAGGAUUCAACUGUGAAACAAACUCUUGACAAACAAGAAGGCUGCUAAAACCCACUGUCUCCUCCCGAGUCCAGACUGUGUCCCUCUCCCCUAAUUCAGCAAGAGGCUUCAUCCCCGGGUUGCUAAGUUUUUGAAAAAAGUGCCCUUCUUCUUUUUUUUUUUUUUUUUUUUUUGUCUGUGGCCUAAAUCAGUUGUCAUGGAACCGUGUCAGAGUCUCUGUACACACGCGGAUGACGAACUGAAAACGAAAGAUUUUGGGAACGCUGUUGGAUGGUCAAAUCCUCGAACAAACUCUUAUCCACUGGAGAAGCUGGUUGAAGUGGCCUACCUCCUCACACUCUGCAGUAUUCCAAAAUGGCACAACAGGAUAAAACACAGGACAUUUGUUGGGUUAUAUUUUUUAAAAUCUUUUUUUUUUUCUUUUCUUUUCCUUAUUUUUGAGUUUUCACAUUUACAGCUGAAGGAUAUUUAAACUGUUUUCAAAAACAUGUUGGUGAACGAGUUCCUCAGAUUGACCAAUAGCUGCUUCUUUGGUAUAUUUUAGUGGGUAUAGAAGAUAAAAAAAUAUAUAUAAAUAUAUAUAUAUAUAAAUAUAUUGUUGAUGUUUUUGUACAUAGCUGAUAUGUUGUCUUUCUUGAGGUAUUUACGGUCAUAGAAAUGUUUUUACAUGUUAGUCUCUUUAUGUUUCUUUUUUCUAAUCCAGAAAAUCAUACUAAUUCGCUUUUUUUUUUUUUUUUUUGGACUCAUGAUCAACCAACAGCACUUGGUCUUUUUGCUACGCGAUGCCCGGGAGAAAAAGAGUGUUUGGCGUCUUCAGCUUAAGAUGUCUGCCCAUCAUAUCAAGAUCAAAUAAAAAUAGUGCUGUAAAUAAUGCAGCAAGGUGCAUUCAUGAA